AGAGAAAAAAUAGCCCACAAGGAAGCGCGUGUCCCGCAAGGUCCCGGUCAAGAAAUCGAAGCACGCGUCGCGGUUCGUGGACGCGCAGAGACCCGGAUGCUGGUUCUGGCUCGGCUGAGUGCAGAGCUCGCUGAGAAGGCGCGCGCACACUGACAGCACCGGCGGGGUUCCGGUUUCACGAGCUGAAGGAUGUCUGAAAAGGGGCCUCUUGAGGGGGAGCGUCCUCAGUCCCAAACCCAGUCCACCCUGUCCCCGUCCCAGGCCAAGUCCCAGUCCCAGCCUGGUUCCAGUUCAUCCAGUGGGCCCAGCUCAGCCAGUCAGUCAUCUAGUGGCUCGGGGACUCUGAGCAGCGUGGACACCAUCCCCGUAACGCUCGCGUCCGUCCCAGAGGAGCCCGAGCCGCAACCCUGGGGCCGCCUACUGCCCAUGGUCCCGGGCUUCAGGAGCCACGACUGCAUAGAGGAGCACUUCCUGUUUCCUGUUUGUUUGUUUACAGACUGCAUAGAGGAGCACUUCCUGUUUCCUGUUUGUUUGUUUACAGACUGCAUAGAGGACCAGUACCUGUUUGGACGGGACUCCAAGUGUAACUACGUCCUGGAGGAUCCAAAUGACCGAAAUUCCAGAAAGUUCCGAAUCUACAGCAAGAAACACUUCAGGAUCUACAGAGAGGGCUCGGAGGUCUUCGUGGAGGACCUCAGUAAUAACGGCACUUUUCUCGAUGGGAUUCCAAUCGGGAAAGACAAGAAGCUUCCUCUGGUCAAUAACGCCGUCAUCUCUCUGGCUGAACAACGAAACCGAGUCUUUGUCUUCAUCGACCUGAUGUCGGACGAUCAGUCCAGCCUACCCAGAGACCUGCAAGACAAAUACCUACUGACGCGACGCAUCGGCACAGGAGUGUGUGGCGAGGUCCGGCUGGCUUUCGAGCGAUCCACCUGCAGGAAGUUUGCAGUGAAAAUCAUAAACAAGAAGAACUUUCAGUCUGAAGGGACGGCGACACGAAACGCAAAGACAGAGAUUGACAUCCUGCAGAGGGUCGACCACCCUUGUCUCAUAAAGACGGAGGACUUCUAUCAGACGGAGGAAAGUUUCUACAUCGUGUUGGAGCUGAUGGAGGGGGGGGAGCUGUUCCACAGAGUGAAGUCGAAGCAGCAGCUCAACGAAUCUGUUGCCAAACUUUAUUUUUACCAGAUGCUUCGUGCUGUUGAGUAUCUCCACAGUAACGGGAUCAUCCACAGAGACCUGAAGCCGGAGAACAUCCUGCUGUCCUCACAGGACGAUGUGUGUCUCAUCAAGGUGACGGACUUUAACCAGUCUCGGAUCCUGGAGGAGGCGGUGCUGAUGAGGACUCUGUGUGGGACUCCAUCUUACCUGGCUCCGGAGGUGUUCACGCACGCGUCCACCACAGGUUACGGGCUCGCCGUGGACGCCUGGAGCCUCGGCGUGCUGCUCUUCGUCUGCCUGGGAGGUUACCCUCCGUUCCACGAGAGCUUUGGUCAUCAGUCGGUCACCGAUCAGAUCAUCAGAGGAGAGUUCACCAUGGUUCAGUCCAAGUGGACGAGCGUCUCUGAUCAAGCCAAAGACGUGGUGAGGAAGCUGCUGGUCGUUGAUCCGAUGAAGAGGAUGAGCAUCGAGGAAGCUCUGCAGCACCCCUGGCUACAGGACCAGAAGAUGUUGGAGACGGCGCACAGGCUCAUGUACCCGUCUGCAGAGGGAGGGGGGGCUGCUGCUGCCAUGGAGGCGGAGUCGACCUCAGGAAGACACCUGAGGAAACGAGGACGAGAAGGAGAUGGCGAGGAGCAACAUCCUGCCAAACGGAGCCAAGACCCGCCCUCUUCCUCUGUGUAGUCACAUGUCUCUGCUGCUGAACCUGGUGUAAAUAAAGUUUUCUAAUAAAGAUUUUUACAUUUUU